GUCCCUUGGUUUCCGUCAUAUUCGUUCACCUGCUUCUGGUCAUCAUCAAUGAAGCAUUGCUUUUUCUUGGGAUGCUGUGCAGAGCAAGAUUUUUACUGCAUGUUGCCAUGGUCUUGAUGACUCUGUUGCUUUUGGCGGAGACAGUAUGCUACAUCUACUACCUCGUUGCCUGGGAACAAAUGCAUGGUUGUACGCGGGCUGGGAUACUGUCAGGGCGCCCACACCUAGACAGGAAGACAAUUAGAGCCCUCAACCGAAUCCUUUGGCUCAAAAGUCUAACCGCAAGGCAGUGGUGUUUGGCAGGGAAUGCAAAUGCAUUACCGUUUCUACGGAACAAGUCGCCACAUGUUCCAACCCCCAACCUGGAGGGCCAGGAGACUGUGUUCGUCAGACGUCUAACCAUUGACCAACCUGGUAUGAGGGACCUUGAAUUUGAAUCCAUGGUGGAAACGAUAAGUGGAUUGCGAAAGGCGUACCUCGGGGCCGUGUCAACCAACUUCCAGACAUUUUUACUCAACUUCAUUCAACAAAAUUUCCAGUGCUGUGGGAUAUACAGUUUUACCGAAUGGUUCAACCCUUCGUAUAAAUGGACAAGGAAGGUCGUGUACGGUGGAAAAGAGUACGGUAAGUGUUCAGCGAAGGUUUCGUAUCGUUGCAUUUCCAAGUUUUACAUUGCAUUCUCCCUUGCCUGUGAUCUUCCCU